AUGGAUUCUUGUUCGAGCGAAUUUAUUAUAGUACCAACACUCAACGACAGCAUAUCUUCAACGGCCUUCUAUGCAUUGACAUGGAUCUUGUUCGCGCUCUGCAAUAUCGCGUUCGCUAUCAGAGCUUAUAUCCGUUAUAUGUGCUUCCGCCGACUCCUGCUCGAGGACUACAUCAUGCUUCUUGCCCUGGCCAUGCACAAUGCCGAGGCUGUCCUGAUCCAGAUCUACGUUCGGUACGCAUACGACGUGGAAGCUGUCGAAAAGGGCGACUUCUACAAAUUCGGACCGGAUCUGGCCAAAGGAUUCGUCUUGAUCGGGGCCUGCGUCAACAUCACGAUUGUUGGGGUACUGCUCGUGAAGCUGAACUUCCUGCUUUUCUUCCGCCGUCUCGGCCAGAACAUACGCAAGUUCACCAUCGCGUGGUGGGCCGUUACGCUGUUCACCGUGCUAGCUGCUAUAGCUCAGAUUGGAAUGCAAACGUUUGGCUGCUUCUUCGGGGGGCUCAAUUACAUCUUUAGCGACAGGUGUACCAGUGCGGCUGCUACGAGCAGAAUCUUUUUCAAUGCUAUCUUUUCAGCAGCAGUGGAUGCCGUAUCCGACUUUCUCAUUGUCGGUUUCCCCAUUGCAAUACUCUGGGGAAGUCGCAUUAGCAUGGAAAAGAAGCUAGUCCUUACGUUCGUGUUCAGCCUUGUGUUUCUCACAAUUGCCAUCACAAUCGUGCGAGGCAGCGUCUUUCACAGAGUCUACAGCUCAGCUUCUGGGUCGGAGCAUAAGCAGAGCGCAAUAAUCAUUGGGUUCCGGUUUCAUUGCGGGCACAGCGUCUUUCACAGAGCCUACAGCUCAGCUUCUGGGUCGGAGCAUGAGCAGAGCGUAACAUUCACUACGUUCUGGUUUUAUUGCGAGUACAGCGUCGCUGACGACUGCACCCCACCACCUAAAGCUUUCAUCAUAGCAUGCAUCGUCUCUUUCCGCGCACUCUUCGUACAACGAGAGAAUAAGAACAACGACCGCCUCCAGGAGCAGCAGCGGCGAGAGGCAGCUUAUCGAAGUGCCAUGCGUCGAGGUAAGGGAUGGCGUGCCAAAGCCCGCCACUUUCACAACAGCCUGCUUGACACAUGCAAGACGCUCGAGGGCUACUCGGGCAGUGAGACUAGUUCAUCCUCCACGCAACACCUCCCUGGUGUGCCGUCCGGGCUUAUGACGGUGGAUUUCAACGAUGAUGGUAAUUGGGGUAGAAGCGUGGCCCUGCACGGGUUAGAUGCUAAUAAGACGAUGGAGGGGCAGUCUGCCUCGGAGCGGAGCAUGCUGACGCCCCCAGAGACAGCCUAUAGGCGCGCAAUGACAUGCUGA